AUGUUGUCUUCAUCUAUUCAACGAAUAAUUCAGUUACGAGAUGAAUCUAUUCCUAAGGAUAGUUUCCUAGGAAAUUUAAUGCCUGAUACAUCUGUUCUUAAUGUGAGCAAUAUUCCACGACAAUGUGGCCUUUUAUCAGAUAAUGAAAUUAAUAUUACUGAAAAUUAUACAGCUUGUCAACUUGUUACUCUAAUAGCUCAAGGCCAAUUAAAAGCUGAGCAAGUCAUAAAAGCUUAUCUUAAACGCGCUGGUAUUGCUCAUCAAUUGACUGAUUGUGCUACGGAAUUUCUUGUUGAAGAAGCUAUUGAUCGAGCUAAAUAUUUAGAUGAAGAAUUUAAAAGACGAGGUGGGCCUAUAGGAGCACUUCACGGUUUACCAAUUUCCGUUAAAGAUAUGAUACCUAUGCUUGGACGAACAAAAAAUGCAGGUUGGAUGAAAUGGAUUGAUCAAAUUGCUGAAGAUGAUGCUCAUAUUUUAAAGAUUCUUUAUGCGGCAGGAGCGAUCUUUUAUGUUCGAACUAAUCAACCACAAACUCUGAUGCAUAUUGAAUGUGAUAGUGCUAUUUACGGUACUACUCUUAAUCCAUUUAAUCGAAACUUGUCAUCUGGUGGAAGCAGUGGUGGUGAGGGUGCUCUUCUUGGUUUGAAAGGAAGUAUAAUGGGUAUCGGAACGGAUAUUGGUGGAAGUAUACGUGCUCCAGCCGCUUAUAAUGGAGUUUAUGGAUUAAAACCAACGACGUUUCGAAUACCAGUUCAAGGUUUUAAGGUAGCACAAUUAGGAAGAGAAAGUAUUAUUGCUGUUAUUGGACCACUUACACGUUCAAGAGAAGAUCUUCAUCUAUUCAUGAAAACAAUACUUGAUGCUCAACCAUGGUUAAAAGAACCAUCUCUUGUACCCAUACCAUGGAGAUCGAUUACAUUAGAUUCAAAUAAAUUAACAGUAGCUAUCAUGUGGGAUGAUAAUGUUGUACAUCCUCAUCCACCAAUUACUCGAGCUCUUCGAGAAACUGUUGAACAUUUGAAAAAAAUCGGAAUUCGAAUUAUUGAUUGGGAACCAAUUGAUCAUCAGAAAGGUUGGAAUAUAAUUAGUGCACUUUACUUUUGUAAUGGAGCGGAAGAAGAACGUAAUAUGAUGGAAGAUGUUGGUGAACAACCAUUACCAUUGACUGAAUGGAUUCUUAAUCAACCAAAUGUUAAAAAACGUAAUUGGUUAGAAAUGAAUGAACUCAUUUCCGAAAGAGAAAAUUAUCGUACUCAUUAUGCACAAAUAUGGAAUGAACGAGAAAUUUCAUUUAAUUGUUCUAUUGAUUGUCUUCUUACACCUGUUGGACCAUCUGCAGCUCCUCCACACGGAACAAGUAAAUGGUGGGGUUAUACUUCUAUACGGAAUCUUCUUAAUUAUCCAACAGCUAUAUUUCCUGUCACCACAGUUGAUCUUGUCAAGGAUCAAAUAGAAACUGAUUAUAGACCAAAAAAUACACUUGAUAGUGAACAUUAUAAAUUAUAUACAUCACCACAACUAUAUGCUAAUUCUCCUAUUGGAUUACAAGUUGUAUGUCGACGAUACAACGACGAGAAAACAUUGAAAUGUCUUGAAAUAAUCGAGCAAGCAAUGGGAAGAGAUUAA